GGCCUCCCCAUCCCAUGACGACGUUACUAUCUUAUAUAAGGGUCUUCAUCCAUCCACGGCUUAUCUCUGAAACAGGACUCGUGUGAAGAUGUUGCGUUUUGGUGUGGUUCUCAUACUCCUUGUUUCCAUUCACUGUUCGCGUAUUGAACUCGACCAGGAAUGGGAACGUUUUAAAUCACAGUACCAGAAAGCAUACAGCCAUAACGAGGAAGUCGAUAGGCGAGCCAUAUGGGAAAACAAUGUUGGAGUGAUACAACGCCACAACCUGGAGGCGGACCUGGGGCAGCACAACUACAGACUCGGACAAAACAAAUAUGCUGACAUGUCUCACGAGGAGUUUCUACAACUGAUGACAGGUUACAAGAUUCGGAACGGUCCGUCUCCGCGUGUCCUGAAUGUCAGCUUCUCGGACUUGCCGGACACAGUGGACUGGCGGACAGACGGAUACGUCACGCGCGUCAAGGAUCAGGCUGCGUGUGGAGCGUGCUGGGCGUUCGCUGCCACCGGUUCCCUGGAAGGACAGCACUUCCGGAAGACGGGGAAACUCGUGUCUCUCUCAGAACAGAACCUGGUCGACUGUUCCAGGAAUGGUAAUCUUGGAUGUGAUGGAGGGCACAUGGCGUUGGCAUACGAUUACAUUCGUCAGAAUGAUGGCAUAGACACGGAGGAGUCCUACCCGUACGUAGCCAAGCAAGGAACCUGCAAGUUCAGCCGAGACAAUGUGGGAGCAACUGAUACCGGUUUUGCUGCUGUUAUAUCGGAGUCUGAGGAUGCCCUGAAGAGUGCAGUGGCCUUAGAGGGGCCCAUCUCUAUAGGCCUGGACUCAGCACCAAUGACCUUCAUGCUGUACAAGAGCGGCGUCUACAGCUCCCCUGAAUGCAGCAGCAACAUCCUCAACCACGCUGUCACUGUCGUGGGCUACGGCACACAGGACAACCAAGAGUACUGGCUCCUGAAGAACAGUUGGAGCACCACGUGGGGAGAGGAGGGAUAUGUGCUCAUGGCCCGUAACGAUGGCAACAUGUGCGGGGUGGCCACGGAUGGAACCCUACCCAUUGUGUAGAUACCGUGACGACAUCCAACGUUAUGAGACGGCGUCGAUAUUCCAUGACGUUACAACUGUACAAUGCGUUUAUGUAAUACAAUUUUGAAAAUGUACAUCUAAGUUGAAUGACAAGUAACUAAAGUGUAUAUAGACUGGUGCCAAUAAAGUAUAUCUGAGACGUGAUAA